CAUCCUGUUGCGCAUACGUCUUUCAAUCACACCACGAAAUGCAAACGUUAGCCGAAACAUAGUCAGAGGAAGUAAAGACUCGGGGAAAAGAAACGACAUCUUCUGUGAAACAUUACGUGUCUAAAAUGAUAGAAGCUACGGACCAUAAAAGAUGCUGCUGAGGAUGGACUGGGGUUUUAGCUGAAGCUUAACACAAGAGAUAGGAGUUGGAGAAGGUCCUCAAAGCUUUCCAUGCCUCUCAUAGAAGGGCUGGGUGAUGAGGUGACCCUCAUCUUUUGCCUGGUCACGUUCAUUGUGGUGCUGCUCAUAGCAUGGCUGUCCACACACACCAGGGACAUACCGUUCUUCAGCCUCAUUGUGGUGGAGCUCACACAGCGGGCGACUCUUCGGAGACAACUUGCGGAAGCAAAUCAACAAACACAGGGACACCCAGAGACGCCACAGCUUCAGAAUGCUGGCGGAACUCAGGAAGGAGUAGCUAAUGCUGGUCCUGGUGAUGCUGCUUCUGAUGCUGUGAGUGAUGCAAUCCCAGUUUCUGAAACUGACAGCCCUACAGUUGAAAGUGAUGAUAUACAGAAGGAUGCUUCUGUCCAGGAUGAAGAUGUGGCCAAUGUCCACAGUGUGGAAGGCACAUCAGAGAGUGGUGUAGAGGACACAGAGCUAGCCAGAACUAACCAGCUUGGUGACGAUAAGGCUGGAGUGGAUGAUGGCGUAGAGUUUCGAAAGACAGAAGACUCAGCAAAUGUGAUAGUCGAAGAGAUAUGCAGGACUACCAAAUCAUCACCAAUACUUCAGACAUCCAAUGUAGAUAGUCAAGAUGUAAACAAUGAAUCUUCUGAGGAUGCAGACGAAAAUACAGCUGCAUCUUCGUCUUCUGCAGAGACAGUUCAGCCUGUUAUAGCCUCUACACAAGUGAGGCAGAGACAUGUGCCUUUAAGAGAACCACCUUCCCCAACACCCUCUUCCUCCUCCUCCUCCUGCCCAACCCCCUCCCCCACCACUACUGGUGUGUCAAGUGGAACACAUCAGGACUUACUGAACCAGUCCAGUGAUAAUCAAGGACAGAUCCGGAUCAGGUUAAAAUACCUGAAUGACACCCAGCGACUGGUGUACAGUAACCCAGGAGAUACAAUCGGCCAGUUCAGAAGAGCACAUUUUUCCACUGAAUUAGCAGAUAACAAGCUAGUACGUCUAAUCUUCAAUGGACAAGACAUGCGCAAUGACCGGAACACCCUACAGGGCUACAACAUCACUGACAACAGUGUAGUACACUGUCUGGUCACUCAGAACCUUCAGCAGACAGCCCAGCCUCAGAUGGACAACGGGGAUGGGGAUGCAGCCAUUGGCUCCUUCAUGCUGCCUCUCUUUGCCCUGAUACUGGCUUGCAUCUGGUACCUGCGUAUCACACAGAAGCAAUACUUCAAUGCUGUGUCCACUCUCUCUCUGGCAGGAGUGACGUUUCUCUUUCUUCUAGCCUGUGCUUCAGUGUGGCGGGGAGGUGGGGACAGAGAGCAUCAACACAUGGAUUAGAUCCAAUAGUGUCAACCCUUACCCUGGCAGUGGCAAAAUGUCUCUCCUUAUGGCAUUCAAAGGGAGAUAACUGUAUACAAGUGAUUCUUUACUGCACUCGAAAAUACUGAUAUAUGUUUCAAGUUGAAAGUGAGCAGAAUGAUUAAUCAAUUUUAGAAAUGUUCCAGUUUCAUUUCUAUUUCAAGUCUCAUUGAAAUCUGUUUUAAGUGAUUGAUAAUGUUGUCCUAUCAUUUGAAAACAACAAUAUGAAAAACAAUAGAAACAAAUGAUGACUUCAGCUAAGGGACCGUUCAUAAUUCCGGCCAGGGGGUGAUGAUGAUUUUUAUGGAAAAUCAUGUACAAUGUGAAUAACCACCCCUGAAAUUUAUGUACAAAGUAAGUGACCCCAAAAUUAGGUUGCAUAGUCAAGGAUUCUAUUUUCUUCUUUAUACAAUUUAUAGUAUUACAGUAUGGCACUUUGUCAUUGAAUAAUGAAGGAAAACAUCUGAUGCGAAUGAAAGUCUGUGUCCAUAUUAAUUUAAACAAUAAAGGUAAUCACAAAACCUUCAUAUAUGUUCUUUACACAAUAUACCGGUUCUCAGAAAAAUAUUACACAAUGUAUCGUUUGAAAAUUGUAUUGCGAUAUACCGAUGUGCUGGUAAUACUGCAGUCCUAUGUUUCACUCUUUACUUAACAAUGUUUAUUCCUGGUUUUCUUCCAGAUAUAAUAAACUUGUUUUUCAAAAAGAUUGGAAAAACUGAAAACGUUUUUCUCUAACCUAAACACAUUUUUAGUAGUCUGCUUUUAUCUUUAAUAAUUUGAUGGAUGAAAGAAUGUAUUUGAAUCAUACUGUGCUGGCUGCAUUUUGAAUAUGGCAUUAAAUUACUUUCAUAUAC